AUAACAAAUCAGGCAAAUCAGGUGCUACAUAGAGGACUGGGAAGGACUAGGUAGGAAAGACCGACUUCUGUGAAAUCGAUUUAAAAGUGAUUAUUAGUGCGAUAUUCAUGAACGCCAAAUUCAAUGUCUCAUGGUCCUGAAGUCCAAGUAUCCGGAUAGCCACGUGAGACUUCAAACUAAGGCUCUCGAAAGCAGCCUGGAGCAUGUCGUCGUUAUACGAUGAUGAAGAGGAUGUUCUGUCCACUCAGAACCAAUCCUCGUUGGGGGAUUGGUCCAAGGGCGUGUCUAAUCUCCGGCCCAGCUCUGGAUUACUGGGACUUAAGCCACCCAAACCCCAGGCCUCACCUUUGAUGGGUCUGCAUCAUCACCAUCAUCCCACGAGGAAGCUCAGCUCAGCCUCGCCCGGGGGCGUGACGUUGCCGCCCGUGAUCAAUCUGCAUAAAGGGGGAGUGGGUUUGAGUGGUAUUCGUCAAGGAAUGUCCAAAGAGAAUAAGUUUCGUGGUUCCUUAAAUAGUUCACUUAGUGGCAGUGGGUCUAAAGGUGGUCUUUUACCUUUAAAAGAUCCCACUUGGGCGGUGGUCAAUGAGUACGACCCACUAUGGCCCAACGACUACUUGAAAGUCAAGCAAGAUAUGAAAGACACUAAAUCUUCGGGCCCACCACGCGAUCGGGAUGAAGAUCGACGGCGGUAUUCUGAGUCAGCCCGGGAUCGAGCUCGUGAGCGAUUCUCUCGCGAUUCCGACCCCUAUGCCCGUCGACCCGAUUCGGGCGGUGGGUCCGGGCCUAGUUCGAGUUCGGGUUUGACCGGCAGUGGACUCAGCCCCGCCACUUCAGGGUUCGGUCGACGCCCCAAGAUGAGCGACGAUUAUUCGGAUCCCGAGGACGAGGAUGACAGUAAUCAUCACCACCACCAUCAUUCUGACCCCUCUGGCUCGCGACGCGAUCGGAGCCGGUCUGGCCGACGAUCGACCUCGGGACGAAAUUCUGGCUCUAUGGGUAGUUCAUCCUCCUCCUCCUCCGCCGGAGCAGCUAUCGCACCGCCCCCCAGUCUGAUGGAGGCUGUCAGCUCACCCAGUGGUAGUCACGCCUCCUCAGAAGAGAGCCCAUCCACCACCAAAUUGGCCAAUACGCUAGCCAGUGGAGCGGGAUUGGGCGUGGCCGCCAAAAUCAUGGCCAAGUAUGGCUACAAGCGUGGUCAAGGUUUGGGCCGUGAAGAACAGGGUAUGGCCCAGGCCUUGGCUGUUGAAAAGACUUCACGACGUGGAGGUCGAAUUUUGCACGAGAAGGACUUUGUGGUACCCCCACCCCCGUUAUUCAAUGCCGAGUCACCUGCCACACCUCCAGGAGAUGCCUCAACCAGUGAUUCAGGCCUAGCUAUUGAUGAUUGUGGUAACGUCAUAGUGGGCCCGAGCAAAGCCGAAGAAAUGGCUGCUGACGGCAAGCCUUCCAUUACAGACCUCAUGAAAAAUCCCAGCAAAGUCGUCCUGUGCAAGAACAUGGUUGGGCCGGGUGAAGUGGAUAACGAUCUGGAACCCGAGGUUAAGGAAGAAUGUCACGUCAAAUACGGAGACGUCAAUAAAGUGAUCAUUUUCGAACUGCCUAACGCCAUCCCUGAGGAAGCUGUACGGAUAUUCAUUGAGUUUAAACGCGUUGAAUCCGCUAUUAAAGCCGUGGUGGACCUAAAUGGACGUUUUUUCGGGGGUCGAGAAGUACAGGCGUCCUUUUAUAAUGUGCAGAGAUUUGCAAACUUGCAACUGAAUGAGUAAUAAUAAUAAUAAUACAUGUUUACUGUUUA